CACGUGUACGCGACACGGCGCGACGUCAGGUUAGCUUAGCCACUUGUCAUUAGGCACCUCUCUCGUCGUCGGUUCUAAUAACAUUUACAUGUUAUCAUUUUCAUGUCGAGCUAAAGCAACCCUUUCGACAGGAAGUGCGAGCAAAAUGUCGACGAAGAAGGGUAAGGUGAUGACCAAGGGAGCGAAGCAGAUAAAGGAGGAGAAUGUCUCCACGCUGAGCUUCUACGUCUACAUGGCCCUAGGAGCAAUGGGAAUUCACUUUGCCGUGACAAUGCUUCUGUUCGAGUUCACCGUGCUGACGAUAAGUCUAACGGUAUUCUCCGCAAUUGUGUAUAUAGGCAGCUAUCAAUUUAUGUCGUACAUGGCUCGCGCCACGUACUCGGAAUCCGGUCAGCUCCUGGACUCCGGGGUCGAUCUCAACAUGGAAGGCGGCAUAGCGGAACACGUCAAAGAUUUAAUUAUACUGACGUCCGGAGUACAAAUCCUGUCCCUCAUUUCGAACUAUUUCUGGUUAUUGUGGCUUUUGGUACCAUUGAGAGGGUGCUGGAUGCUCUGGAAGCAGAUUUUGGCUCCUUGGUUCUUCGCUCAGCCACAGGAACAAGCUGAGAUGACCGAAAAGAAGAUGCGCAAGUUAGAGAGGAAAAUGGCGAAGCGACACCAAUGAAAAUUCGUCGUUGCUGUGCAAUAAGAAAAUUCCAUUGAAUGACAAUUAUUGAUUUAACCAGGGGACGGGUAGUAAAUUCAAGAAACACCGGGAAGAGAAAGAACGUUAAGAUUUUUUUCUCAAUAUCCAGCACACAUCGAGAUUGUGCGGUGGGUUCGGCAUGUACGUAGGAUAAGUAUUAAGUGGAACGAGACUGCUCUCCAAAAGUUUUAUGAAAAUGUACAAAACGGAAAAACAAUUUCAUAGGACUAGGGAAAAAAUUGCAAAUUGGGAGAAAGAUUUCGUCUUUGUCUCUUUGCAUUUCCGAACAAUCUCAGCAGACUGCAAUGUUCUUUACACGUCUAGAAAAAUCGAGACGCUUUUCUUAUUCAGUAAUAUUUGUGGAUUUAUUCCUAUAUAAGUCGAAGGGGCAACGCUAAAUUAUUAUUAGGAAGUUAAAUGUAAUUAUGUGUAUUCAUUUAAGAUCACAUGAAUUUAUUAAUAAUUAUUAUUAACUUUAUCGACUUAUAUAGGAAUAAAACUGUUCCUACGUAUCUCGACAUUCGUUUUUUAUCUAUCUUUGUUAAUGUAAAUGAUUUUUGUUAUGCUAAUGUAAAUGACCUUUUUUACAAUUAUAACGAUAAUACUAUAA